UAUAACCCGCUUCAGUCAUGAAGUCUGUAUUAUAGUUUUUGUUUUGUCAGUAUUUUAUAAAUAUUUAAAAGAGUUCCAGAAUAUGGAGAAAUAUGAAUGGAAUAUUGGACUUGAAUAUUCGUUAAUCAACUAUCAAUAAACAACUGCCUAUAUCAGCUGUUCAAGUGCGAAAUCAGGUCACCCGAAUCGAUGCGAUAGUAGAUUCACGUCUGCUACGAAAUUACGAAUGAGGCUUUACUUAUUUUUCUGAAAAAUAACAAGUAAAUAUGAACCAUAGACUAUAAAUAUAUGACAACUAACUGACAAACCACAAGAUGACAGGUAUCGCACAACAAUAGAAAAUGGAUGUCUUCCGAUAAAAUUUAAACAAUAUUUUUAUUUUUUUUACUUAAGUUUAUUUAAAGUAUUUUUGAAUACUAGUUUUGUAUACAUACCUAAUUAGUUGUCGAUUUUGUAAUAAUUCAUAAUAAAAUGAUAUCACGGAAAGGGCAGAAAGCUAUCAAUGAAGGAGUUGUAGGUAAAUAUGUGAAAAAAGAUACUCCACCUGAUUUACCAAUAAUAAAUGUUUGGACGACUGGUAACAAUAGACGGCCACGCAGCCAGCCUUUUGGAUCUAGUGAAACAAAUACACAAAGUAUUGAAAAUAAAUUUGGUAAAUCUCAAACAAUGAGUGGUCAUGCUGGAAAGUAUACCCCUAGUGAGUCUGUACCUAAUUUAGCACACAGAUUUGCUAGUUUGUCUACUACUGGUGAUACUGCUUCUACUUCCAGCAACUUUAAUUCUCAGUUUCACUUAGAUACUAAUUUGGCUUCACAUUCAACAUUAAACGAAAUUGAUGAAUCUUUUAGUCGACAGACCAGCCAACGAUAUUACAGACAAACUCAACAAGAAGAUCCUAUCUACCAGAACCAACAGCAGGUACAACAACAAAAACAACAACAAUACAGUUCCAGGGAGUCUAGUAUGCCACGAAUAUCAUCAAACUUAAGUCUGACACCUCGGCUUCAUCCUCCAUCUCCACAUUCAAUUAGACUCCAUUGCACAGAAACAUAUACAACAGCAAGCCAAUCCUCCCCAAUUUAUUCCAAUUAUGUGAAUACUCCUGCCCUUCCAUACCACAAUAAAGGUCACGGUGGAAACAUAAUUUCAUCUAGCCAGGGUUCUGAAGAGUGUGAGUUGCCUCUACCACCUGGCUGGUCAGCAGAUCGCACUUUACGAGGGCGCCGUUAUUACAUGGACCAUAACACACAGACCACACACUGGACACAUCCACUGGAAAGUGUACCGCGUCCCUGGCACCGCGUCUCCACUCCACACCAUGGAGUCUAUUACUUUAAUGAAAUAACUCAUCAGACGACAUAUGCCCAUCCAUGCUUAGUGGGAGGGUGUUACUUAGUUAGUCCUCUAGUACCAACUCUAGUUCCACCAUAUCUUCUGGAAGAAAUACCACACUGGCUUAUAGUUUACUCAAAAGCUGAUCAAGAACUAGACCACAAGUUGAGAUUUAACAUGUUCCGUUUGAGUGAACUUGAUUGUUAUUCAGAUAUGCUGACAAGACUUUAUAAGCAGGAGCUUCAACUCAUUGUUAUGAAGUAUGAGCAAUACAGAUCUGCUUUAUUACAAGAACUUGAAAAAAGAAGGCAUACUAAGGCAUGUCAUGCACAUUCAAAUUAUUAAGUCAAACAUAAAUGCCCUAAUGAGCUGUGAUUUAAUAUUUAAGAUAAAAUGUACAUAAAGAAUUUACUAUGACAAUUCUUUUCUCAUCGAUAAGUGCCUUACUUUUUGCCUUAAAAAUGUUAAGAACUAUGGUAAUGGAAUUAUUAUUAAAUAAUAUCUUUUUAAAUUAUAAUUAUAUACAUAAAUGUAAAUCUUUGCAGCAAUAUA